AUGAGACUAGAAGUUGCAAUAUACGCGUUCCUCAGCUGGAUGCACUUGUGCUCCGCCGAUGGCCAUCUGAAACGCUUGAGCAGAUCACUGAUCUUUCCACCAACGAGUCCCACGCGUGUGCAGUUCAUCGGUGGCAUUGGUAUUCCCGUAGAGAACCUGCACUUUGAGUCGGUUACCUCGGGCUAUGUGCUCAAGGCGGAGUACUUUCUGCCCACCAACUCCACGGAGAUUACACGGGUCUACCUCAAGCCGAUGGCCAUAACGGGCAGGGAGAAGGAGUCCCCCUAUGGAGCAUUAUAUCGUUGGAUUAUUUACCGCGGCAUCGUGAUGAUCAUCGAGAACAUGGGCUUGCCCGGCCGUAGUUGUCUCCUCCGGCUGAUUUGUGAGCAUGCCGCACUGCCGCUGAACCACGAAUCCGGCCUGCUGGGUGAGAUCAUGGACAUAGUGCUGCGGCCCUCCAGUUCGGUGGACCAGCUGGGACAAAGCUCGGAUCGGGAAUACCACACAUCGGAGCACUUUGGCAAGAGGGGCGGCGACUGCCAGGCGGCCUAUGCCAGCAGGUGCAAGAAGUCGCCCAUGGAACUGAUCAGCCUGCUGCUGGAAGUCAAUGAAUAA